AUGAGUACAGCAUGUUCGCCGCUUCAAGUCAUUUUGCUCCAAACCUGCAUCAUGCUUUCUCAGUACCCUUAUGACUACCUUCUCAACCCAAACGCCCAACUUUAUAAUUCGACACCCAGUAAUCAAGUAUUUUAUGAUCCUCGUUUUAUCAGUCAGUACUACGUUCCUCCCAGCUUCGGGUUUUAUCCUAAUUUUCCGUUUCACGCGCCAAUUACCUAUGAUCAGAAUGUGAAAACGGAUAAAGCGUGGGCCAGCGUUAGAGGAAGGAAGCUUCCAGCUGAGAGUAAUGCUAGGGCUCUUCGUAAUCGAGCUCAAGCUGUUCCGUUUCCAAACACCAUUCAAGAAGCUGAGACUUAUUCCAUCACCACCGUCAUGAUUCGCAAUAUCCCUAACCAAUUCAAGUUUGAAGACUUGCUGCUCAUACUGGACGAGCAUUGCUUUCAACAGAACAAGAGCGCUGAGGAUACCAAGGCUUGGUCCAAGUUUGAUUUCGUUUAUUUGCCCAUGGAUUAUAGGAAACACGCGAUAGAGAAAAGGAUGUCGAAUUUGGGAUACGCGUUUGUGAACUUCACCACUCCUACUGCAGCGUUCAAGUUCUACAGCGAGUUCCAAGGUUUCGAGUGGGAUGUCACCAAAAACAAGAAGAUAUGUGAAAUCAACGUGGCUCAGCAUCAGGGCAAAGCUAAUCUGAAGAGGAUUUUCCAGGCAAAGGUUUUCAAGUGCGAGAGCCGAGAUUUUUUGCCUGUGCUAUACUCACGAGGCCGUGAUGGCUUGAACCGUCGAAUCAAGAGAAAUUAUGUGGGAAAACAUGUAUGGGGUCUUCCACGAAGAACCCUAGGAACCUCUUCUUUUAACCCAAAUGACGUGUGAGUCGAGUCCUUCCCUUCCGUACGUCCUUUCUCUUUCCAAGGGAAAUUAAUCCUUAGCCUUUUUUAAAAAUAAAAAAAAAAACUUUUUUCUUAGGUUGUAGCACUUCUUUGUCUUGGACUUGGAUCAUGGCAUUUGGUGAAUCCUUGCCGGUUUAGGAUUAGUUAAGGUCUGAUGCAUAUCCCACCCUUGCUAAGCGUGUUAUUCUAGUUUAAUCUGACCCUUUAUCCUCGUUUUUCUUCAUCCUUUUUUUUGGGGAUGUGAGAUUUUUAGGUUUCAUGUUGGAACAGCUUUACUUAGGUCCUAGGAUGUUUAGAUUGUAACCAUACAUAUAUCUUCUUGACUUUCUUUCCCCUUCUCAGUUUUAGGUUGUCUAGAGUUUCCUGUGUUUUCAUUCUCCCCCUGGAAAUGGUGGGGUCUUCCAUGCUAUACCAUCUGGGGUGAAUUGGAAACAUGGGUUUUAACAAUUAAGGGUUGCUAUGUGUUUGUAUCGUUUUCUAUUCGCUUGCUUUGUCUACUUCUGUAAUUGUACUUGUCUAAAUAGUAAUUGUGUAUCUGUG